UUCGUGGUACGCGCUGUAGUCGUACACUGAAAAAAGACAUCACGUGUUGAUAAGGUUAAUCAACAGCGAUAACGCGUCGCAUUAUUCCGUGAACUGUCACAAGCAGCUGCAGAACAAGUUGGCUGUUAGGAAUGUCCCAUCAAGAUAACGGGGCCCAUGUCAUCGAAGCGGAUGACCUUGUGCCUAUCUUGACACCCACCGCCGAUAUUUCACCGCGAUUGAAGAUCUUGGCCACUCAUUUCACCUCUAAAUAUAAUGCAGAGCCUAUAUUUUUCGUUCGAGUGCCGGGAAGAGUAAAUCUGAUAGGCGAGCACAUCGAUUAUUGUGGGUAUGCCGUCUGUCCAAUGGCCAUUGAACAAGAUAUACUUGUUGCAGUAGCAUUGUCGAAAGAUAAUGAGAUUCACCUCACCAAUGUAGAUCCUAAAUACAAGGACUUUCGAUGCAGUUUCGAGAAUGUAGGAUCUCGCAUUAGCGAUAGCGAGAGCGGACCGGCAUGGUACAAAUAUUUUCUGUGCGGUGUAAAAGGAGCGCUGGAGGUAAUCUCCAUGAAGUCCGUCCCUACGGGAAUCCUAGCUACGGUAUGGGGCAACAUUCCUCCUAAUUCUGGUCUCUCCAGUUCUAGCGCACUUGUCUCAGCCGCGCUCCUUUCAAUUGUGCAUGUCAGUCAGUGCCAAUUGUCGAAACAUGAAUUGGCGACUAUCAGUGCUCAAGCAGAGAGACAUAUCGGCACUCAGGGCGGCGGGAUGGAUCAGGCUAUCGCUUUUCUUGGAAAAGCAGGCUCGGCAAAAUUGAUAGAAUUUAAUCCCCUACGCGCCACCGACGUUACACUGCCAGAGAACGCAGUGUUCGUAAUAGCGCAUAGCCAAGCUUAUCACAAUAAAGCCUCGACUGCCGACUUUAAUAUCAGAGUUGCGGAAUGCCGAUUAGCUGCGCAGAUGAUUGCCAAAAAAAGAAACAAGGACUGGGAGCGCGUUCAAAGAUUAAUCGACAUUCAGGAAAAGCUGUCCUUUGACUUGGAUGAAAUGGUUACCGUAGUAAUGACAGAUCUACACGAAGAGCCAUAUACUUUUGAUGAGAUCUGCGAGACCCUCGAUACAGACUAUGAGCGACUGAAGAAGAUGUCUCUCGUCAGUUCCUUUAAUUCCUCGCAAACGUUCAAGCUGCAGCAACGAGCUCUGCACAUUUUUCAAGAGGCCAGCAGAGUGCUCGCGUUCCGCCGCGUAAACGAGGAAGGCGACAAAAUGGAACACGAGAAGCUUCAGCAUCUGGGUAGUCUGAUGUCGAAGAGCCACGCCAGUCUUCAUAAACUGUACGAGUGUAGCCAUCCUAGUGUGGAUGCGCUCGUUGAAAGAGCCGUGCGUUGCGGUGCACUUGGCGCUAGACUCACAGGCGCUGGUUGGGGCGGUUGCAUUGUGGCUAUUAUCUGCAAAAACGAAGUUCAACGAUUUGUGGAUGCGCUUCGCGCGGAUCUCUGUCAGAACGCCACAAAGAGCACAAUCGAGCUCAAGGAUAUGGUGUUCCCGACCGCACCGAAUCAGGGUGCUGUUAUUUACACCACGUUAUUUACACCACGGCUGCUCUGAAUCGCCCGUUCUAAAGCCCGCGCUAUAAAUAACUGUAGUAACUUUUUUUCGGGUCGUGUCAUCGCUCUUUAUUAAUAUUUCAUCAUUUUUCUUCACUUUACUUUAUUCCGCUUGUUCCCCUCUUGGCCCUCCUUUUUGCCAUCCAUUAUAAAUUUUUAUUGACGUAAGGAUAUAAGCUGUAGAAUUUGACGACUCCUUUGUAUUAUUAAUACUCAAGCCUGAACUCACGAGGAACCGAAUGAACGCUUAUUCCAAAAUGUUCUUCCUUGCUAAUUAAUUGCUACACAUAUUAAUCCCAUCUACGAUAACGUUAAAUCAAACUUGUCGAAUGGAGUACCUUGUAACACACUACAUUCUCGGAACUAAGACUGACGCUAAUCCCCAGCUGCAGAAUUAUAUCAGAAACUAAUAACUAAUAUCAGCUUUUAUCUAUAUAUUCCUCUGUGAUUACUACAUCUAGAUAUUUUAAUUAUAUCGCGUAAAAAGAAUUUACAGUUUGUAUUCUAAAACUGUUAGAAUUUUCGACUACUUAGAUAAUAAUAUAAAUAUGUAAUAUGCAAUAAUUCAUGCAAAUAAUUAUUCAUCUUUUUACAUGAGAUAAUUAUAAAUAAAUAAUUCACGAUAAAACA